AUGGAGAAGAAAGGGAGAACAACUGUAAAAGAACAGCUUUACGGAAUUAUCGAGACACGCAACAUAGAGUAUGUUCAGUUUGGCGUAGACCUACGUUUUCCCACAUGGUACGGAAGUACAGCGUAUUUCCAGCAAACAACACGACAUUUGGGGCUGAGAGACCCCGACGGUCGACGAUCUCGGUGCAAUUCAGCGCAUCUUCCAGAUGAAAAAGAAGAAAAAGUCAAAAAGUCCAGGAAAAGAGAGCUUAGUACGCCAGAUUGUUGGCUGGAAACUCUGUACGUAUGCGAAUUUUGUUUCAAAUACACAGAUGUUGCAGAUGAGCUGAAAGAACAUGCGUCGCAAUGCCAGUUUCGUGACAGAGCUCCAGGAAGGAUCCAGUAUCGCACACCAGAACUGAGCAUCCGCAAAGUUUCAGGCUCCCGCUAUCUACUCUUCUGCCAAUGCCUGUGUCUCUUUACAAAACUGUUUCUUGACAACAAGUCAAUGUACUUCAAAGUUGAGCAUUAUGAUUUCUACAUCGCCUAUAGUAAUCUGAACAACAAACCGAUGGCCUUUUUCUCCAAAGACUUGACCUCGUUCCAAAAAAAUAACCUGGCGUGUAUUUUGACCCUCCCGCCGUACCAGAGGAAAGGGUUGGGAACGCUUUUGAUGGACUUUUCCUACAAACUAUCAGUUCGUGACAGGAUCGUAUCUGGUCCAGAACAGCCACUAUCGCCCUUCGGACUAGCUGGCUACUUGAAAUAUUGGUCAACUGCACUUUGCUUACAGUUUUUGGAUGGACCGCUACAAAUGAAAGCCCGCGUGGGUUUGAAGGACAUUUCUAAGUCAACAGGAAUGCGUCUUGGCGACAUCGUGCUUACACUUCAAAGCCUCGAGUGUUUGAGUGAGAAAAAUGAGAUUUCAUUGCAGGCCCUCCGACGGUGGAUCAAGAAUAACAAACAAAACACAAAUGCAUUUGUCAAUGACAACUAUUUGAUCUUAGAUGACUGA